AAAUGGUCCCUGCAUGAAAACUUUUCCGUCGAAACAUAAACGUUUUGGAGCCCGAAUAGCUACAGCCGUCAAUUUGAAUACGCAGCAGGAAAUCAUUUCAAAAUACGCUACUUAGGGAUACUUUUGACGGUCUUCUGUAACCCCGUGUCUGCUGUCCGUGAGGAUUUGUUGAUUUUCAAGAGACGUCUGGGAGAUUAUAUAGAUACUUAUCAAUCACCAAGCUUGUUCCAAAAUUUAUUUCGCCCUAGCACGAAUCUUGUCACUUAGAGCUCAAGACAACAGCGUAGAAUAGAAUGGGUUCAGAAGCAGUUAAGAGUGGUAUUCAGGAAAUGGAAGAAUUCCCAAGCUCUGCGUACGCUUCAGCACUGAAAUCAUCAGAAAGUUUGAGUGGAAAAAGCAUGGAAGUGAGAGGAUAUGACUUUAACAAAGGCCUUAACUAUGAAGAACUUUUUCAAUCAAUGGCCACAACAGGCUUUCAGGCUUCUCUUCUCGCCCAGGCAAUCGACCUUGUCAAUACUAUGCUUGACUGGGACCUCACUCACGAACCUGUUGGUGAAGAAGAAGAGAGUGGGGAAGCUUUUAGACGAAGUGUCAAGUGUAAAAUAUUUCUGGGGUUUACUUCUAACCUCAUAUCAUCUGGUGUGCGAGACACCAUUCGCUUCUUGGUACAGCAUCAUAUGGUCCAUGUCGUUGUCACCACAGCGGGAGGAGUUGAAGAGGACCUCAUCAAAUGCCUAGCACCCACGUAUACUGGUGAUUUUUCCCUACCCGGAGCUCAGCUUAGAUCAAAAGGAUUAAAUCGAAUAGGCAAUCUGUUGGUGCCAAAUGAUAAUUAUUGCAAAUUUGAAGAUUGGAUUAUCCCUAUCUUUGACCAGCUUUUAAAAGAACAAAAAGAGCAGGGUGUGAUUUGGACACCAUCAAAGGUGAUUGCUCGUUUGGGUAAAGAAAUAAAUAACCCAAAUUCAUAUUGCUAUUGGGCAUACAAGUUUUCCAAAGAAGGGAUCACCAGCUCUGGAACUCUAGAAGGGGCACACACUUUAGCAAUCACAAAAGAAGGUCCACCUGACAUAAAGGGAUUUUGGGAAGGAGUCACAUUUUUCAUGGGAGAAGAGGACUUUGUGACCUUGAGAUUGGAAGCCAAAGGAGAGUUGAAGAAAUUGAAGACGCACUAUCUAAUGAAGCUUCUAAGAGACAUCCUUAUCACAGUCAAGAUCAAUUAGUUGAUGUUGUAGUUCAGCAUCUUUCCACCAAGUGGCUUGCCUUGAGGAGACUUGAUGAUGAAUCAAGUGAGUAUGUCUAAAUAAUUUGUAGCCAUUGGCUUGAAGCAAAAUACAAUUUGCAUCAAGAGGUGAUUGCUUCCAAAUCCUAUUGCUAACAUUUAAACAAAUUUAUUCCAGAAAUUUCUUAGAUGAAUCAAUUCCAACAAGAAUUAUUGCAAAGUAAAAUAUCUCAUUAAUUGCUACAAAUUUGGGACAAAAAUUAGUUUUCCCAAAGAAUUUCUAACAAAGGAAAGACAUUCCUCAUUCCAAAAUUGAAGAGAAAAGUUCAGAAGCUUAACUCAAAUUGGAGAAAUAAGAAAAGAUUGCAAGAGGAUUAAAGUCAAUCAGUCACGAUUUUAGACCUAAGAAAGCCUUGUCCCAACUCUGUAGGCCUUCCUUGAUCAAGACAUCCCUAUUUGAAAGGGAUUUACAAAUCAUCAUCAUCCAGCAUUUUUCACAGACACAAAUGGCAAAGCCUCUUUCAAUGGAGGCUUGCAAUGAAGAGUCAAUCAUUUAUGAAACUUUAUUAGAUUGGGCCAGAAGUUAGGAUUUACAGAUCAAAGUAAUUUGCCAUUCUUUAAUCUCAACUAUCUCAUCCUUGUAAACUGCUCUUUGAAUUUGCUCAGAGACAAUAUCUUUAUUGGCCACCUUCCAAAUUUGGGAGUUGUUAACCUCUUUGAAUUCCAUGAAAACCUUAGAAGACGGUUGAUAACUAGGACCAUCCAACAAAUCUAUCUUGGUUGCACAAGACUCAUUGCAGAUCUCUGCAUUGACAAAUAUAUUGCUAUUGAUUUUAGAAAUAGAUAAUGCAGAUAAAGCCACCAUCAUAGAAAGGAAGGAAUUAGCUAUUUAGCACUUGAAACAAAGAGAUGUCACUUGAGGCCACAACCUUUAUCCCAACUCACAGAGCUGCAAGGCUUGGUCCAUCCACAACAAGAUCCUUGGCCAUGGGUGAUUGAUUGCCAUUCUCUAGAAGUUUGUGAUUUGUUUGCUGCCCAAGCAGCAUGAGAGGAUUGAUUGAUUUGCAGGUAGGAUACUAGAAAAAUGUAGGGCUCUAUUUUUUCUUCAUUUCAUCUUAAAUCAGUGGAACAUUUGUGCUUUGUAAAAUAAUCUUUGAAAGCAUGCAUAAAAUUGGAUUUAUGGAAGUCAUAAGUAGUGUUUGUAAUAUCCUUUGCAAGGUGUUAGCUGAAAUCUAUAAGAAACUUUUGUAAUCACUAGAAUUUUAGAUUUUUUGAUCACCAAUUUUCCAAUGCGGGCAAGGUGAGAGCAUUUGGAGACUAGAAUGAUUACAAUGAAAUUAAACUGAAAAUUAUUGGUGGCUAGUCGACCAAUUUACCAUAGAAGCAAAGUCAUAGAAUUAAUCAAGCCUAUUGAUAGUGAUAUGCAAAUUUUGAUCAAGCUAGAUUGGCUGAAUAUAAGCAUAAAUGCAUCAAGGCCAAAGUGGUAGGUUAUAUUGCUUGAUUCUAAUACACGCGAAGUUGGUGGAUAAGAUGUUGAAAAAUAAAGAGGAUUCAAUUUAUAAACUGAUCAGAACCUAGUACAAUGAUAACAGGGAUCCGAUGGUGAACCAUGCAGGAUCUUCAGUAAUUAAACAGACUAUUGACGUCAAACUGUCCAGUGAUGACAAUAUUAGGAAGAAAGCAAUUAUUUCACUUUAAUAACUAAGCCAAGCAUUUUGUCAAACAAUUACCCAUAAUCCUAAAAGAAUGCAUUUUGUCAUCAGUUGACAGCAAAUGCAGGAAAUAAACUUACCUAGAUAUGAGCGUCAUGAAAAUUUGUUGAUGUAGUAGCAUGUUGGUCUGUAGGUUUGAAGUUAGUAGAAACUCAUUUUUUAAUCAUUUUAUAACGUCUACAACACCUCAGAAAAUGUGUGGCCCGAACCCAAACAAUAUAUAGCACAAAAUUAACUGUAUGGCCCCAGAAAACUGUCUGUUAUUGGCAGUGAUCAGAAUCAUUUCCUUAUUGGUAGCUGCCAUAAAGUCUAAACAAAAUCAGUUACUACAAGAAUUUGGAGUCUUCUGCCCCUCCUUUUUGACUUGAGCGGUGAGCAUGCAUAGUAUAGUGCUAGGAAAAGAAGAGCGACCAGCUCUCACAAAAAAACAAAUAAGACUUUUCAAUGCCUAGCCAAACUAUGAACUCAGAAAUAUUUGUAAAGAAUUUCCUGCAGUGUGUGGCUAGAUAGGAAAGGUGUAUGGCCUGCACAGUGUUAAGCUUGCUGCUAUAAUUUAUUAUUGGUAUGGCGAACAAUUGGAAUAUUAAGCACACCAAAAUGUAUUGAUAAUAGCAACAAUAUCAUUACAUCAUUUUUAAUUGCAACAAUAACUUGACAACAAAAUUGCAAAACCAACAUCGAAAACAAUGGUUGGAACUGGACACCUUCAUUUGCUGAAGCACACUGAAAAUCCUUGGGUAGAACCGCACUGAAGGCUAGGAGGGUUUUUGUCCUUGGGAAUGAAAAAAGAAUGAAUGCUCAUUCUUGGGAAAUGAAAUUGUUUGAAUGAGAAAGAUCCUUUUCAAAGACAUUCCUCCCUUUUAUGACUUUUUUGAGGAAAUUAAAUGAUAUUAUUUUUUUUUAACAAUUAUUCCCUCAAAUUAUAAGUGUCAUUUUUCAUUCACCUUUUUGUACUUUGGGUCUAAGUACACAUUAUUUAAUCACUUAUAAGUUAUAACGACCUUGUAAAUAAUUAAAUAUGUUAUUUUUUAAUUUAUAAUUCAAAGUUACCUUUCAACAACUUAAUUUAAUUGUUUAAUUAAUUUUCCUUUUUCCACCAUCCCAUUAGCUUAGAAGAAAAAUUGCAAAAACUAUGGUAAGGGUCAUCAGCAAACUUACUCUCAAGAGGGGCACAUGACAGUUUUCCUUCAUUUAUAGAUCAAACGAGUUCACCACACAUCCUAGUGUCAUAUGACUUUAAAUUACAAAUUUGCAUUAGUAUUUUUGCAAGUUUCAUCCAUGGCAAACAUGGGCGGCAAACAUGGGCUCAAAACAAAAUUUAUAUUUUGCUUUCUAAAACUAGAUCAAGAGUUUGGUGGCAGUGCCCCUUGUUGGAGGUUGGAGGCAGAGCACCCAAUGGGGUCAAGGGGUAGUGCCUGUCAUGGAGGAUUGAGGGCAGAGUCAUGAGUCUUUGACGAUUUUGUCAAUGUGUUGAAAGAAUGAGCUGAAAGAAAUUGUGAAAGAGGACUGUCAAUAUGCAACUGGAAGUGAGCUUCUCCCAUGGACUCGUGAGUUUUGGUGAGUAACUUGCUGAUAACUUGCCAAAAGUUGCUGGCAAGUUUUGGGCGAGUUUUGGCUUGCAAGUACUUGCAAAUCAGUGAGUUUUUGAUAUUUGCCGUGCUCAAUCAAACAAUAUAAAGAUUGCAAAUAAUUAUGUUAAUACAGCUCUAUGACUGGUUUGUAUGCAUCAUACAUCCAUUAAUCUAAAUAUCACAUGCUCACAUCUAUAUGUGCUUCUAGAAAAUGUUACAUUUAAACACACUCACGUUAGUGAAUUGAAACAACAUAAGCAAAGCUAUCACAAGAGAUGGACUCUAGAGAUAUCCAAUUUGAAAAAACACUAAAAGCAAGAAUCCACCAUCAAAAUUAGUCUUACAAGCUGCUCUUUUCAUGAGGGCCAUAAAGAACACAACUCUUUAGUGAACUCACUCUACAUACGACCAUACAAUCUCAAGAAACAUGGCAAUGGAAUCAUGAACUUUUACCUUUAAUUGUUUGUAAUCCUAAGAUUAGUAGGAUUGGGAUACAUAUUUCAAAAGGACUACUAUCUUCUUAUAAUCUAAGUGAAGGCAUAUCAUCCAAGAUUUUUAUCUCCUUUAGCAUCAAUCCAGUAGAUGAAUAUAUGUUGAGGGAUACAUGAGUUGAAAAAAGACAAAUAUAAAAUAUCUCCCAUGUAAAGAGAUGGAAGAAGAACUGCUCAAACUCUUCAGAUGAGCCUCCAGUUUUAUUUUUUGUCAUAUUUGUGAUGAAUUUGAUUGCAGUCAAAACUGCUAGCUGUACCUUCUUCCCAUCCUGAUAAAUUGUUUGUGGCUGAACAUGUUAAAUGGUUUUGUACACAACCAAAUAUGUCACAGGAAAGGUUUUUUUCAACCUUUUACCUCUUCUUCCAUUUUACUCUCGAAAGAAACCACUCACAGCAAGACCUUUCUUCCAGUCAGCUUAAUAGCAGUGUUUUAUCUGAACACCUUCUUAAAUAGGAGUCUUUUAAUCCCACAAAAGCUUACAAACACAUCCGAAAAAAAGGAUCCAAGACUCAACUGUUUGAAAUUUUGGGUAUGAAUUUCUCUGCUCUUCUACAAUGAAAAUUAGAUGAUAUUGUGGCUUCCGCAACUCUGCACUCUGUUCGAUUGUUGAUAUGCUAUCAAAUUUGGCCCCAGUAAAACAUGUUUGACAAAUUUAGUAGCAGUGAAGUAUAUCACUUGUGAGGGUUUGCAACUAGAUUUUGCUCUGCAGCUUUACUGGUCUCUGUUGGUCAUUCAAAAUAUGAAAUGGUAGCUUUCAUCUUUUGAAGAAACCAAAUAUGACUUCUUGCCAUCUUACCUCAGAUUUGAAAUUGGAGCACCUCUAUUUGCUGCUAUUCCUUGGUGUCUUCUUCUUUGGAUAGCGUAGCUUUUAUCUUUGACCUUUCUUUCUUUAGGUGUCUGAACAUUUUCUUGCUUCUUCCUCUUGGAAACCCACUUGCUCUUUUACCUUGGCUGUAGUUGUACUUGCAGUCUGCAACACUUAACAUGCCAAUGGCCACCCAUGUGACAAUAGUUCUUGGUCACCUUGGACAGCAUUUUCUUGUCUCCUUCUCCCCUCCUUGCGGGGAAUGGAGAUGCCUUAUGCUUCUGUCACCUUCAACUCUUUUUUGCAAGUGAUGCAAGCUUCUAUUCUAAAUGAAGUGCUUGGAUUGCCGUCUGAUGGACUUCAAACAGAUGUCUGCACAAUACUUCUUUCCAUAAAACAAAUGUGGAUGGAGAUAUCAACAUUUUUAUGCUAUAUGUGCCCUUCUUGCAAAGGAAGCAAACAAAUGAAAGACCCCUUUUUUCAUACCAUCAUGGCCUGCACUUUUGCUCAUUUACAUCUCAUUUUGGAAGUGGCGUUGAACCAUUUUCUUCUAUUUCUCCUCCUUAGGAGCUUACUCAUACAUCGUAAUUUUCAAUUUGCCAGUAGAUGUUAUGACGUAAGAGUAGAUAUUACUUUCAUGGGCUGUUUUUCUUUGGCUUGUGGUCCAACUUGGUCUGCCUUGAAGCAUUCUGCAACCUUAUCUUUGCCACCAAAAAUUUCCAAACUUAAAUAUUGAGUCAUCUUUGGUUUGCAUAGCUUAUUUCCAACCUUAUCUAGAUUUGAAGAAAAUAAGUGAAGAAACAAUAUAAGGUUUGCAUAGCUUAUUUCCAACCUUAUCUAGAUUUGAAGAAAAUAAGUGAAGAAACAAUAUAAGGUUUGCAUAGCUUAUUCAUGAGUUGUGCAUCUUUGGUAGUGAGCGGCCUUCUUGUCUCUCCUUUACAAUCAUCUUGGACCUUUGCCAGUUGUCUCUAAAGUGAAUGAUUUCUACAUAAUGAUUCCUACGAGGAAUCGUUCACAUGCUUCUAAUCUGUUUUGCAACUCUUGGUUUGUUGAGAACUGUUAUAGAUGUAGCAUACUAAUGUGUUUGUAUUUCAUUCGUGACCGAAUGAAGAUUGCCCUUGAUAUAAUUUGGGCUUUAAGGGGACAAAUAUUGUAUUUUAUUAAACAUGACAAAUGCUUUUAAAAUUGCUAUGCAGGAUAUCAUGAGACAUUUUUUACAGUAGCUGUUGAUAAAAUAUUAAUUAAGUCUCUCGUGUUUGUGUUUUUUGCUGCUC